AUGAAAAAGCCUCGUGUGAGAGAACAAUCAAAAGGAUCUCUUUACUAUGAACAGCGCUUUUCAGUUACAGCUAAUCGAGGUUGGUUUUCCGACCAGCCUGGUCUCUCAUGUAAGGACAUCCUAGAUUCUGGACACUCCAGGGGAGACGGGGAGUACUGGAUCGACCCCGAGAACAAUGGCAACCCUUUAUCAGUGUACUGUGACAUGACGACUGAUGGCGAAAUGAUCCGUACCUUGGCGAAAUUAGACACUGUUGCCUUUGUUAAGACAAGCAGUUGUUGUUUUCUGAUAUUUAAAAUAUUGUGUAUUUCAGGAGGCUGGCUUCUGAUCUAUAACAUUGUGAUUGACGGCACAUCAUCUACUCCCUCUACUUUGGGCAUUGAGACAUCAUACCGUGGCGUCAGCCGUUAUAACAACAACAACAUGCUGCUAGCGACUAGCGCCUUAAAUGUGCUAAGAUCUCAUUUGUCUUUCACGCAACUGAGAUUCCAUUGCAGCAAACAAGCUGAACAUCGUACAUUCCACGUGGCCACGCUCGCUGACGAUACUGGUGAAGCUGUAGUCAAGUACUUCAGCCGUCAGACGGAUGUCAUGCCCGACGCCUGUGGAUCAUUUGCAACACUGCCUGGAGACAACUCAGUUACCGCAAAUCAUUGUACAGAAUGGGGAAAAGAUGGCGGCGUUUAUAACGUUGAUAAAUGGGGACAUGAAGGAAUGCGUGAGUUGUACAAGUACCCAGCAUUUGUUUUCCCUAACUUCCAUUGGGCCACUAAUCCGGAAUCAGGCUGGGACAGAUGGGAAUGUGAUGACCUAGGAAAUUCGAAUUCAGUAUCAUCUGGAGACUUCUGGAAGAUUUAUGUUCGUUAACUACUGAAUACUUGAUGGACAAAGAUUCUUGAUCUCCAUUCGCACAAACUCGGGUUCAAAUAGUGUGCCUGUUAAGGGGAUUUUCAGUAAAUAUGUUUUCUGUUCAGGAACAAUCUGUCUCUGUGGGAGACAUGGACCUGUCACACAAUUUGGAAACC